CCUCUGGCCGGGCCUGCGAGCUUCCUCCCAGCGGAGCCCCGGGCGAGCCGAGGUUGGUCGCCGCAGCCGAGCCCGCCACCGCCCUCCCGCUCCCGCUCCACUCCGCACCCUGCCCCGGGGGUCCUGCCGGGGCGGGGUCCGAGCAGGGCGACCGCCCGGCCGCGCCACCGUCGGGGUCGUCCCCAGGCUAGCCGUCCCUCCCGCCCCAGCCAGGCUCUGGCCGCCGGAGCCUCCCGGGCGUGGAGCGUGGGGAGCCCCCGCCUUCCCCGAUCGAGCGUCCGGGGCGGCCCCCGGCAGCCGGCGCGACGUUCCAAAGUCGAACCUCGGUGGCUGCGUUCGGAAGCGGAACUCUGCCGGGGCCGCGCCGGCUACAUUGUUUCCUCCCCCCCGACUCCCUCCCGCCCCCCUUUCCCCGCCUUUCUUCCCUCCCCGACCCCGGCCGCGCGGCCAUCCCCCUGCCUCUGUCUGGCAGCCCCUCCUCCCCUCUCUUUGCACCCAUUCCUCUUUGUACCGCACCCCCUGGGGACCCCUGCGCCCCUCCCCUCCCCCCUGGCCGCAUGGACCGUCCCGCAGGCCGCUGAUGCCGCCCGCGGCGAGGUGGCCCGGACUGCAGCGCCCGAGAGAGAAGUCAGCAUUGCCCCAUGUGGUUUCUUGAGGAUUAAAUGACUGGCGCAGGGCCCCAAACCAGGUUGGCUCUAAUGGUACCAAGUGAUAGGUCAGCCUUCCUGUGACACAGGGACGCCAGAUCUGAGAAGAUGUCGGCAAUACAGGCCGCCUGGCCAUCCGGUACAGAAUGUAUUGCCAAGUACAACUUCCAUGGCACCGCUGAGCAGGACCUUCCCUUCUGCAAAGGAGAUGUGCUCACCAUUGUGGCUGUCACCAAGGACCCCAACUGGUACAAAGCCAAGAACAAGGUGGGCCGUGAGGGCAUCAUCCCAGCCAACUAUGUCCAGAAGCGGGAGGGCGUAAAGGCGGGUACCAAACUCAGCCUCAUGCCCUGGUUCCAUGGCAAGAUCACACGGGAGCAGGCCGAGCGGCUUCUCUACCCGCCAGAGACAGGCCUGUUUCUGGUGCGGGAGAGCACCAACUACCCCGGGGACUACACGCUGUGCGUGAGCUGCGAAGGCAAGGUGGAGCACUACCGCAUCAUGUACCAUGCCAGCAAGCUCAGCAUCGACGAGGAGGUGUACUUCGAGAACCUCAUGCAGCUGGUGGAGCACUACACCUCAGACGCAGAUGGGCUCUGUACUCGCCUCAUCAAACCAAAGGUCAUGGAGGGCACAGUGGCGGCCCAGGAUGAGUUCUACCGCAGUGGCUGGGCACUGAACAUGAAGGAAUUGAAGCUGCUGCAGACCAUUGGGAAGGGGGAGUUUGGAGAUGUGAUGCUGGGCGAUUACCGAGGGAACAAAGUUGCUGUCAAGUGCAUUAAGAACGAUGCCACUGCCCAGGCCUUUCUGGCUGAAGCCUCGGUCAUGACGCAACUGCGGCACAGCAACCUGGUACAGCUUCUGGGCGUGAUCGUGGAGGAGAAGGGCGGGCUCUACAUCGUCACUGAGUACAUGGCCAAGGGGAGCCUGGUGGACUAUCUGCGGUCACGGGGUCGGUCGGUGCUGGGCGGAGACUGUCUCCUCAAGUUCUCACUAGACGUCUGUGAGGCCAUGGAAUAUCUGGAGGGCAACAACUUCGUACACCGGGAUCUGGCUGCCCGCAAUGUGCUGGUGUCUGAGGACAACGUGGCCAAGGUCAGUGACUUUGGCCUUACCAAGGAGGCCUCCAGCACCCAGGACACAGGCAAACUGCCAGUCAAGUGGACAGCUCCCGAGGCCCUGAGAGAGAAGAAAUUCUCCACCAAGUCUGAUGUGUGGAGUUUUGGAAUCCUUCUCUGGGAAAUCUACUCCUUUGGGCGAGUGCCUUAUCCAAGAAUUCCCCUGAAGGAUGUCGUCCCUCGGGUGGAGAAGGGCUACAAGAUGGAUGCCCCCGAUGGCUGCCCACCUGCAGUCUACGAGGUCAUGAAGAAUUGCUGGCACCUGGAUGCCGCCGUGCGGCCCUCCUUCCUACAGCUUCGAGAGCAGCUCGAGCACAUCAAAACCCACGAGCUGCGCCUGUGACCACCAGCCUCGGCCCAGUCACGGGCCUGUGGGGACUGAACCCGGAAGGUUGUGGACCCUGCUUGCUGGGCCCAAACUGGAACUGAGCCCCAGCGGGCCGGUGGGCCUCUUUCCUCUGCCCCAGCCUAUGCCCCCUCUGGCCCCCAGGGACCCUGCCUAGGCCUGGCACCUUCUCUUGUGGACCCGCCUCUGGGGCUUGGGGAGCCCACUGAAGGGGCCAAGAAUGGAGGAGGCUGAAGAGCAAGAGGCAGCGCCCCUACAGUGGUCAGGCUUCCUGGGCCUCCCAUCGCUCGCCUUCUUAGAGUUUUCAUUCCCUUCCUUUUUUGAGAUUUUUUUCUGUGUGUUUAUUUUUUAUUAUUUUUCAAGAUACAGAGAAAGAAAAUACCCAGCAAAUGGGCAUUUUACAAGAAGUACGAAUCUUAUUUUUCCUGCCCCGCCCACAAGGGUCAGGGCGGGAUCAGGACCCAUCACCCCAGCCUUGUCCCCAUUCCGUGUUCUGUGUCCCAUGUCGCCUCGGUCCGCCCCGUGUUUGCGCUUGACCAUGUUGCACUGUUUGCAUGUGCCCAAGGCAGACGUCUGUCAGGGGCUUGGAUUUCAUGUGCCACUGCCGCUCGCCACCCGCCUUGUGAGAUGGAAUCGUAAUAA